CAUUUUUUCAUUGUGAUUUUUUUUUGCUGCUGCGUUUUUUUUUUUUUUUCUUCUUCUUCUUUCACAUACAAAAUGAGUCAUCAUCAGCAACAGCACUCACAACAGCCGCAGCAGCGAUCCACAGCGACAGGCACAGCGACAGGCACCGGAACCACCGCUGCACGAAGCGGAUUGUCAUCCACCCUGCGAUCGUCGAGCCCGCUUCUUGGCUCGUCUUCCUCCGCGCUGACCUCGUCGUCGUCCACUCUCACAUCCGGCGCUGGGUCUGGCCUUGGGUCUGGCUUUGGGUCGUCGUCGUCGCUGGCGUCCAGCACCACCCGCGCUUCGUCGUCGCUCCUCUCGUCCUCGACCUCGUCCUCAUCCUCGUCGACGUCAGCGUCUCGCUAUGGCGCGUCCUCAUCCGCCGCCACUGCCGGGUCGUCAUCCCUGUCCUCGUCCUUGAGCAGCGGUCUGCGCACUGGCGGAUCGAUCUCUUCAUCCUCCUCGGCAUCCUCCUCACGCCUCUAUGGCUCAACCAGCGGGUCCGUCCUUGGUCGCACGACCACGUCCUCUGCUCUGUCGUCCUCUGCCCUGUCGUCGUCGUCGUCUGCGUCUGCUCUGUCGUCGUCGUCGUCGUCUGCAUCUGCAUCUGCAUCUGCAUUGACGUCGUCCGCUUUGGCUUCGUCACGCAAUGUUUCGUCAUCCACCUCGAUUGGGCUGUCAUCCCGCACCCUGACCGGCUCAACUUCCACCUCGUCGAGCUUCACCUCGUCAUCCACUUCGUCUGCGCUUGGCUCGCAGGGGGCUCUUCGCUUGGGUGGCUCGCUGCAGACCACUUCCUCGACCUUGGGCGGGCUUCGCCGAUCGCACGCUGCGGGUCCCACCAGCGCCAUUGCAAACGGCGAUAUGACUGCUGCUGCUGCUGCUGCUGCUGCCGCUGCUGCUCCAGACACCAUUGUCGGUACAAUGUAUGCGGACGACGAAAUCGAGGUCUCUGGCUUUGACGCAUUCAUCCCGUCGUACGACUUUUCUGCAUGGGACGAUCCCGAGCUCGCCGAGUAUGCCAUCCAGGCAUCGUCGGGUGCCACCGCGCCGCUCGUCCCACCGCCGGUGCUGCCGUUCGCUUCGACAGAGUCCAUCAAGGAGCAUGCGUAUGCAGCCGUCGCCGUCUCGCCCACCUCCCUCGUCGCCGCCAAGCAGGCCUUGCUCAACGCUGUCGCCGCAUCGCUCUUGCGCGAGCCCGACUUUUAUGCCGUUGGCAAUGCAACCCGCGCCAACGUCAUGGCGCUGGCCGAGCAUGUCGCAGAGGUCAAUCCCGAGUUCAUCCUUCAGACCGCGCUCUACACGCGCCAGGAGCUCGGCAUUCGCUCGACAGCCAACUUUUUGCUGGCGCUCGCAGGUCGCAUCCCAGCGUGCCGACCCUUCCUCGCAAAGUACUUUAACGAGUCCAUUCGAUUGCCCUCCGACUGGAUGGAGGUCGCUCAGCUCUACCAAAUGUUUGGCGACGGGCAUCUCAACCGCGGCUCGCUGCCCACUGCGCUGCGUCGCGUCAUGGCUGACAAGUUCCCCGAGUUUGACGAGUACCAGCUGGGCAAGUACAACAAGGACAAGUCCAAGUCAAAGAAGGACAAGGAGAAGGGCGGCGAUUCGUCGGCUCGCGGUGGCGCUCGUGGCGGACGCGGUGCUGGUCGCGGUGGUCGCGGCGGCGGCCGUGGUGGCCGGGCCGGCGUGGGCUUUGGAACAACUCCCAACUCGUUCGCCGUCGUUCCCGCAUAUGAGGACGCCGUCGUUGCCACAGAUGAGGACGCUGAGGACGAGCAAAAGCUUGAAAAGAUGGAGUUUACCAUCAAGCAGCUUGUGCGCAAGCUGCACAUUUCUCACCCAGUCGAUCGUGUGAUGGCCAUCAUUGGCAAGAAGUAUCCUUCGUCACUCGAGGAGUUCUACAAGCUCAAGCUCCCUGGCGACUACGACGCGACUCGCUGCGGCAAGCGCAUGAAGCUGCCCGUGCCAGAAACAUGGGAAACGCAAGUGUCGCUCAAGGGCAACAAUGCCACGACGUGGCAGACGCUCAUCGAUCACAACAAGCUGCCGUUCAUGGCCAUGCUUCGCAACUUGCGCAACAUCAUCAUGGCUGGCGUGUCCCACCGUCACCAUCGCUGGAUUUUGCGCAAGCUGACCGAGCCCAUUGCGGUCAUCAACAGCAAGCAGUUCCCCUUCCGGUUCUUCUCGGCGUACGAGGCCAUUGACGAAUGCCUCAAGCCUCCAGCUGCCGCCGGUGCUGGUCGCGGUGGACGUGGUGGUCGUGGAGGAGGUGCCGCACGCGGCGGUCGCGGGGGUCGCGGCGGCCGUGGUGGUGGUGCUGCUGCUUCCAAGCCUGCCAAGGAGCCUGUCGUCGUCGACCCGAAGGUUGUUGCCGACUACCGCAACGCGCUCGAUACGGCCGUGAAAAUUGCCACCGCGCACAACGUUUCUCCCAUCAAGGGCAAGACGAUCGUGUUGUGCAACGCUUCGGCGAACAUGCACAAGCCUUGCGGCUCCGCCAAGGGCCUCGGCAAGCCCCGCACGGUUGCCGAGAUUGCCGUGUUGAUGGGUCUGAUGUGCAAGCAUGCCUGCGAGGACGCUGUAUUUGCCGUGUACGGCCCGGCCAGCGCCGGCUCUUCGGAGAUUCGUGUCCAGUUUGCCACGCUGGAGGACGCCACCAUCCUGAACAACAUGUCGAGCGUCCUGUCGCAGGCCUACACACUUCAACAAACCGGCAGCGAGCCAAACGGGGACUGCGCGCUUCCUUACGAGUACCUCACAGGACUGCUGCGCGACGGCGUGGUGGUUGACAACCUGAUCGUCUUGUCGAAUACGUGCGAGCGCGAGCUCGGCGACUUUUUGUUCAAGUACCGGCAAAUGGUCAAUCCCAAUCUGCUCUUUGUGGCCAUCGAUCUUGCUGGCUCUGCUUCUGGCGUCGUGGCAGCAGACGCAGUCGUCACGGAUGCCGGCGAAACUGCGAUUGCAGGCAACCAUCCGAACGAUGUCCUCAUCUCUGGCUGGUCGGACGCGUUGUUGCGCUUUAUUGCCGAGCGAGGCGACUCUGCGCAAGUCACCCAUGUCGAGAACAUUGGAAUUGCCUACAAGCUUGGCUCGAAGGCGGCCGAUGCGGGCUCGACCAGCGCUGCGGGAGCGUCCAAGGGCAAGUCGUCUGCUGCCCGCUCGACUGAAGUGGCCGUCUUUGGCUCUCAGCGAAAUGGCAGUGCCGCGACGGCAGAGGACAACAAGCGCGCACAAAUCAGCAAGAUUGCUCGCACCCGCCCAUUCCUCAAGCCUCGCGCCAACCCCGCGCUCCGCCCACGCGUGGCCCGCAUCUUCAUCUCGUCAACCUUCUUGGACAUGCAUGGCGAGCGCGAUUUGCUGGUGCGCUUUGUCUUCCCCGAGCUCCGCGCGCGUGCUGCCCUGAUCGGCGUCAGCUUGUUUGAGGUGGAUCUCCGCUGGGGCAUUUCUGGCAAGGAGGCUCUGACCAAUCGCACGCUGGACCUGUGUCUCUCGGAAGUGGACCGAUGCCGACCGUUCUUUUUGGGCUUCCUCGGCGAUCGCUACGGCUUUGUCCCUCCGGCGUACGUCCUGCCCGACGAGGAUCGCUACAAGUGGGUCAAGUCCUACCCCACGGGCCGUUCCGUGACCGAGUUGGAAAUGAUGCAUGGCGCGCUCAACAACCCGGAGAAGGCCAAGGGCCGCGCCUUCUUCUUUAUGCGCGACAACCGCUUCCUGGACGAUUUGCCCCAAGUCCUGGGCUCGCGCUUUGUCGAGACAAACGAGGCGUCCACCAAGGCACUUCGUGCUCUCAAGAAGAAGGUCAAGGAAUCUGGGCUGUGCGUCCAAGACCGGUACUCUUGCUCUUGGGGCGGCCUUGUGGAUGGCAAGCCUGCUGUCAGCGGUCUUGCCCAACUGGGUCAGGUUUUGGUCGACACCCUGUGGGGCGCCAUUCGGGCCGAGUUUGCCACUGUGCCGUCCGACGUGACCUCCAACGAUGCACAUGCCGCGACCGAGGCCGCACUCGAUGACGACGCGCACAACCGAUUCGUCCAAAUCCGCUCGGACGCCUUCUUUGGUCGGCAGCAGCUCAUCAAGCAGCUCCAUCGCUUUGUCCAUUACUCUCCCGGAAGCACUCUUCUCGUUUCCGGCAAGGUUGGCUCUGGCAAGUCGAGCUUGCUGGCGUCCUUUGUGCGCGAGCACGUUGUCGUCUACCCCAGCGAUUCGAUUCUGGCGCAUUUUAUCGGCGUCUCUCCGGCGUCCUCUGACCCUCGCCGCAUGCUGCAUCGCCUGUGCUCGCAGCUGGUCAACCGCUUCAAGCUCGAAGCUGCAGACAUUGGCGGACCCAUCCCCGAGACAUUCCACGAGCUCAAGAAGGCCCUUCCUCGCAUUCUGGCCCAGGCUGCCAUCGUUUCGCGCGACCGCCUCGUGCUCUUGAUUGACGGUCUGGACCAGCUCGAUGACACCCACCAAGCGCGCACUCUCGAGUGGCUGCCCGUUGGUGCCAAUCUCCCGUCGUCCGUGACGCUGAUCUUGUCCGCGGCCACAUCCGAGACUGGCCACUCUGAAAUGGCCGACGCUCUCAUGCGCGUGUCGCAGCCCGUGCAAUUGGUUGUGGGCCCGCUCAACCCGGUCGACAAGGCCGAUGUGAUUCGCGGCGUGCUCAACCGCUACCGCAAGCAGCUGGACGAGACCCCCUUCAACGACCAGCUCAAGCUGCUCACCCAGAAGAAGGACUCGGCCAGUCCACUCUAUCUCACCGUCGCAUGCGAGGAGCUGCGCGUGUUUGGCGUCUUUGAAAAGGUCAGCGAGCGCCUCAACAAGAUGUCGCCCACCCUGGCCCAGCUGUUUGACGAGGUGCUUGCUCGUUUGGAACUCGAUCACGGCCGUGACAUUGUCCGCUCCGCCAUGUGCCUGAUUGCUUGCUCGCGCUGCGGCCUGGCAGAGGACGAGCUUUCGGCGCUGCUUUCGAACGUGCUGCUUGCGCGACCCGCCACGGCAACGCCUGCUACUACCACCCGCGCUGGCGCCGCGACGUCGCUGUCUGCAGGCGACACGGUCGAUGCAUCGCUGGCCCACGGGACGGUGGUGUCGACGCCCAUUGCCUUCCGCAUGCUCCCCCAAGCGGUUGUGACCUCGUUCUUGCGGGCCGUCGAGCCCUACCUGCGGCCCCGCGACGAAACCGCCGACCAGCCUCUGGAUGCCUUCCAUGCGGAAUUUGUUCGAGCAGUCUACCAGCGAUACGGGCUCAGCAAUGAGCGCGAGUGUGCUCUGUACUUUUCCAUGCUGGCCGACUACUUUGCCAGCGAGGCAGACCCGCGAGGCAACGGCUCCUUUGCUGGUGUCCGCCGACGCGCGUUUGCGGACUUGCCAUACUAUCUGGGCAUGGCGCGGCAAUGGAAGCGGCUCGAGGCGGUGCUCACCAGCAUUGCGUUUGUUCAAGGCAAGUGCGCCAUGGGUCUGGCCUACGACCUCGUGGGCGACUACACGAUUGACACUCGCAUUUCCACGAGCUUUGCCAAGGACAAGGCGCGUGCAUUGUCGGCGGCCAAGGUUCAGCAGUUUGGCAUGUUUGUCACGCGCCAGGCGCACAUCCUGACAUCGCGACCCGGCAUCACUGCUCAGCAGGCCCUCAACGAGCCCGACGGGUCGGCGCCAGCCGUCGCAGCCCGCCAGAUGCUUGUCCACCAGUUGCAGGCCAAGGUCAAUCCUGCCCUGCUGGCUGCUCCUCUGGUGGGGUCGUCCGUCCGCCAAGCCCAAGCCGCCAUCGCCCCGGCCGAACGACUCGUGUCGGCGGGAGUCUCCGCGCUUGUGGCCGCGACGCCUGCUCGCUACCGUCAGCAGCCUGAGCGUUCCAAUGACGUUGACAUUUUGACGUUCGACUGGUCCAACAAGCCUGCCGUUCACGACCGCGCUCGUCUGACGAUCGGCGGCUACGCCAAGCCGGCAUCCAGCGUCGCCAUCUCGCCCGACGACUCUCGCCUUGCCGUCGGCUGCGGCGACACGGUGCUUCGCCUGUAUGAGUUUGACACCGGUCGCGAGCUUCACGAGCUGCGAGGCCACGCCACUCCGAUUGCGGAUGUUUGCUUUGCCGGUCCCAAGCGCCUGUGCAGCUCGAGCACAGACGGCAUCAUCAUUUUGUGGGAUGUCGACACUGGGCGCAAGGUCGCCGAGCUCAAGCGCCACGGCCGUCGCGUCAACGCGGUGCGAGCCGAUCCUGCCGGCAAGCUCAUUGUUUCGGCCGGUUGGGACUGCAUUGUCCGCGUGUGGUCUGCGCAAGACGGUACCGAGCUCGCCAUGCACCGCGGCGAGUCUUCGCCUGUCAACACGGUGUGCUUCCAUCCCGAGGGCCAGUUUGUCGGCUUGGGCACAUGGGACGGCUCGAUCAAGAUUUGGGACUCGUUCAACCGCGUUGUUGUCCAGACCAUGCUCACGCCCCGCGCUGUGCAAGACCAGCUCAUGAUUGAAUCCUCUCCGGACGAGGCGCCCAAGCCAUCUUCUGUGCGCGCGUUGGUCUACUCCCCGUCGGGUCGUCACCUCGCUGCGGCUACCCUGAACGGCAACGUUUCCUUGUACUCGACUCUGACGGGUCUGUGCAUGGGCACGUUCACGGGCCAUUCGCGACCCAUCAAUGCGCUCGCCUUCUCCAAGCUCGGCGGCAAUACGCUGGCUACCGCUUCGGAGGACGGCAAGAUCAAGCUGUGGGCAUCGCACCUCGGUCGCCGUGAGGUUGCCAUUCCUGGCAACGGCGAGGAAACUGGCGCUGUUGGGUGCGCCGUCCCCUCCCUGGACGGCCGGCUGAUUUUCGUCGGCUACCACGAGUGCUUUGCCAAGAUCUUUGACGCUGCCUCCGGCAUUGAGCUCGUGACGCGUAUCGGAGUGCCAGUCUCUGGCGUGUCGGCUGCUGUGUGGUACAUGUCCGGCGCCGAUCUGAUGCUCACGUACGGCACCGAAGAGGGUCGUCUGCACACAUUCAACGUGACGGACGCUCGAAAUUCCGGCGGCGUGGUCAAAGUGGUCGAGGUGGGCGAGCUCCAAGCGCGCGAAGGUGGCGUGACUUGCAUUGUCGUCUCCCCAGUCACUUGGCGUCACCGCCCUUCCAGCUUGGCAGUCGGCUCGAUGGACAUGUCGAUUGCGCUCUACACGCCUGUCGCCGUUCCCGAAGAAUACAGUGCUCAGAACCGAAAGAAGGGCAAUGUUGUGGACACGAGCUUGCUGCCCACGCAUGUGAUGCGUCAUCACAAGGGGCCCGUGACGGCUUUGGCGUUCACUGCCAACGGCGCGAACUUGUUCUCGGCGAGCCGCGACACCACGAUUGCCUACUGGACUGUCUCGACUGGCAAGCAGGUCGAGCUGGCAGGAUCGCCCAACUGCCGUCACUCGGAUUGGGUGAACGCGCUCGCCCUCUCUUCGUGCGGUACCUGGCUCGUGUCCGCCUCGAACGACUUUACCCUGAAGGUGUGGGAAGCUUCGACGCUCAACCUUUUCUCAACGUUGACCGGCCACGGCGGUGCCGUUUCGGGCUGCGCCAUUUUCGGCAGCGGCGAGACUGGCAUUCGCAUGCCCAAGCAAAAGGCCAAGUCUGCUGACGACGCAGAGGCUACAUCGGACACCAUCAUUGAGGACGGCGCCGAAGCUCCUGCAUCUGCCUCCUCCGCGUCAGGCGCUGGCCGUGGCGGCGCUCGCGGGGGUCGUGGUGGACGGGGUGGCUCUCGUGGCGGCGGCAUGGCUGGUCGCGGCUCUUCUGACGCGGGCGAUGCGGCUCGCGAUGCUAGUGACGACGCGCCCACUGGACCCGCAGCAGCAAAGGACGCGUUGAUUGCCUCCCUCAUGCCCAAGAACUCGGCCGCUGCAGCCAAGCUUGUUUCGCAAAUGUCCCUCAAGACGGGCAACCUUGUGGUGGCGUCGUCGAGCUCGGACGGCACCGUCAAGUUGUGGAUGCUCAACGGCAGCGAAAUCACCACGCUGCAAGGCCACAACCACCGUGUUGCGGGGGUUGCCUUCUACAUUGACUACUCGGCCGAGGACGCCGCACCUACCGCUGGCUCGCGCUCUGCUCAGGGUCUGGCAGCGUCUCUCAAGGACAUGCGUCGAACUCGUGUCGCGACUGGCUCGGACGACGGUGCCGUUUACCUUUGGUCUCCCUUCCUGGGCAACGAGGUCGAUGCGCUGGUGGGUCACGCAGAGAGCGUGGACGCGGUCGCCUUCUCGGACUCGGGCAAGCUCGUCUCGACUUCGCUCGAUAUGACGGUCAAGCAGUGGAGCAUUGCAGGCGUUGGAGGCGCGUUUGGCAACCAGCAAAAGUCUGCAGAGGAUGUCGACCGCGCAGCGCGCGAUCGUGUCUCGUCCACGCACAAUGGCCGGGUUACCGCCGUGCGCUUUUACGAGGAAGACGGCACGCGAGCGGCCUCCACUUCUGCGGACGGCACCGUGGUGCUGUGGGACCUUUCGCAGCUUGUCAAGCAUGCCGGUGUCAGCUUGUUGAACUUUGCCAACAACGACAGCUCAGCCAAGUAUGCCAACCAGCUGUACCUGCACCAGCUGUCGAUCGCUGCUUCCGAGACGGCCGUUCCCGUGCCCGUCUGCAAGUUUAGCGUCCAGCAGGGUGUUUCGACCAACGACGUGGCUUUCUUGAACUCGCCGGACGCGCUUGUGGUGGCCUCCAGCAGCUCGUCGCGCGGUUUGCAAAUGUGGAAGCUGACCUCGACCAAGCGCAAGAUUAUCACCACGCCUGGGUCUCCGCUUCAGCCCCCAGCGGCCGACAGCAAGCAUGGACCACUGCAUCAUGUCAAGGUGCAUUCUGCUGGUGCUGGUGCUGCUUCUGCUACAGCUGCCGUGCAAGAGUUGACGGCGACGGCUGGUCGGCGCCUCGAGGGUCACAGCUCGGUCGUUUCCUGCGUGGCCUUCUCGCGCACGCACGACGUGUUGGCCUCCGGCUCCUGGAACGGAAGCAUCCUUCUCCACAAUGCCAAGGGCGACCGCAUUGCCACCAUCCAGAAGCGUCAUGCCAACUGGAUUUCGUCUCUUAGCUUUAUGGGUGAUGCGCCCUUGCUGCUGUCGUCGUCGGCAGACGGUACCGCGGUUGUGACGCACGUCAAGGACAAGUCGCAGGCUCUUGUUCAGACGAUUCGCAAUCCAAGCGGCGUGUCUGCAAAGGGCCAUGCUUCGUCUGGCUGGCUGACGGGCUCGGUUGCCCACCCAACCACCGGUGCCAUCGUUUCGGUUGACGUGGCUGGCAAGCUCUUUGUUGCCAAGGCUUCGAAGGCUGCCGGCAAGGCGCUGCGCCUGCACUCGCGUCGCAUCUCUGCAGUGCGCACCCUGCGCAUCCAGCCUGUCGAUGGCCGUCCAGCAAUGGAGUUGCUCAUCACCGCCUCCGAAGACAGCUCCAUCAAGGCCUUUGAUCUCGUCAAGUCGGUCCAAGUGGCCGAGUUUAUUGCUCGCGCGCCCUGCACAUCGCUCAGCGUGUUCAACUCUGCCGGUCGCGCGAUCAUUGCUGCCGGCGAUUCGCUUGGCUUUGUGUACUUUUUGACUCUUGUUGUGUGAUUGUUGUUGUUGUGUGAUUGUUGUUGUGUGUCUUUGUUGCAGUGUCCAUUUCAAUUGGAUUGAAUUUUGUUCGAUUGCC